ACUUGACCAGUGGAACGCUGGUGCUCUACUAAAUAGGCUUACACUUACCGAAUAGAGAACAAGAUCCCUCAGUUAUAAGAUUUAGAUAUGGAGUUCUAUUACCUCCUAAUGUUAACAACCUCCUCUCAUCUUGUGAUUGCUACUGCUAAUUCUGUACCAGUAGAAGCAAACACUGAAGCAGUGGAUAACAAUACUUGCUGGACAACGGUACAAAUACCCUGUGAAACUUCACCAACCACACAAACUGGUUUAAUAAAAGAUCUCAGCUCAAAGAAGUCUAUUGGUUCAAGAGUGAUUGAAGAUCAUGACCUGGAUUGUUAUCCUUGGAUGUUUCGUAAUUCAACAAAUGGAAAAUGUGAAUGUAGUAACAUUCCACUUCACUCUGUACUAUGUGAUGUUGAAAUCAGCAGGACAUCCAUUCUAGAUUGCUAUUGUAUGACUUACGAUAGUGAGAGCAAUGAAACUCAACUAGGAAGAUGUGUGUAUGGUUGCGGACAUAAAACGGACACUGUGUUUUAUCCACUUCCAAAUGACACAGACAAUCUUAAUUCAUACUCUUGUGGAAAUAUGAACCGCCAUUCAACACUAUGUGGGAAGUGUCUACCAGGAUAUUCACCACUCUUGUACUCGUAUGAAAUGAAAUGCAUGAACUGUACGGGAGAGAGUAUGACCUACAAUUGGAUCAAGUACAUAGCAGUUGCUUACAUUCCAUUAACAUUUUUCUUUUUCUUUGUCGUAAUCUUUAAAUUUAACGGAAAUUCUCCUUUGCUGAAGUUGUUCAUUAGUGUGUCCCAGGGAAUCUUUUCACCCAUAGCGGCAAAAGCUUUUCUUUCAGUUGUUUCAAGGAAAGCUUAUAUUGAUAAUUUUACUAGAGCUUUAGGUAGCUUCUAUGGGAUCUGGAAUUUGGAUUUCUUUCGUACUGUCAUUCCACCUAUUUGUGCGACGGACAUCAGUCAAAUACAAGUGCUUGCUUUGGAUUAUGCUAUUGCCUUUUAUCCAUUGGUACUGGUUAUUCUGACUUACUUUCUCAUUAGUUUGCAUAGCCAUGAUGUACGUAUAGUUGUUUGGUUGGGAGACCUUUUCAUAAGGUUUUCGGUUUAGUUAGUCAAAGCUGGGAUAUGGAAGGGUCGAUUGUGAAUGCUUUUGCUACCUUCUUUUUACUCUCCUACUUAAAGAUUCUCAACACUACUACUGAUUUGCUAAUAUUUACUACAAUGUAUGUACUGAAAGACAACAACAAAGAAUACGCUAAAAAGCAUGUACUUUACUAUGAUGCCACAGUAGAAUACUUGGGACAAGAACAUCUUCCGUACGCAAUAGUAGCUUUGUUUGUCGGAGUUUUCAUUGUAAUACUUCCUAUAGUGUUUCUGAUUGUAUAUCCAAUGAAAUGGUUUCAGAAAUGUCUCAAUGCU